CGGGAUGUCGGGAAAGAGGACUGGGAGGUGAUGUCGGAGAUUAGCACUGGAGUGGGAGGGACUGUUUUUUUUAUUUUUACAAAACUGUGUGCCAUCUGCAAUACACAGAGCCCUUGCAGAGAAAAAAAACCUGCAGCGAUCUGUGCACUUUAUUGAGCAGCAACUCGGACGGUUUGCUGAUGCAUUAUUUAUUUAAUCAUUAUUUUUUAUUUAUUAUUGCUGCAAAACAACAUGCAGCGGUGUGAACCCAUCAGUGUGAUGUCAGUGUGCUUAGCUGUCAGCUGAGGAUCAUUCCGCUGCUUUUCUCAUUUAUCUCUCCCUCUUUCUCCCGGACGCUCGUGCACAGCAGAUCUGCCACUUUUUGUUGUGACAUCACAAAAUUUGCACGGUAUCCGAGCAGAAACCUCAAGUCUGCUAUAUAGCAGUCACCUUCCUCCAGCUGCAGAAGAAGAAGAGCCAUCAUUUCUUGUAGGAGAAGUGCCUAAUGCUCCGUGCUAGCAGGAUGGAGGAGUUUGUGACCGAAGAAGACGAGCCAUGGUACGACCAGAGAGACCUGGAGCAGGAUCUUCACUUGGCAGCAGAGCUCGGGAAGACCCUUCUGGAACGCAAUAAGGAGCUGGAGGACUCGCUGCAGCAGAUGUACAUCACCAAUGAGGAGCAGGUGCAGGAGAUCGAGUACUUGUCCAAGCAAGUGGAGAUGCUACGGGAGAUGAACGAGCAGCAUGCAAAAGUCUACGAGCAGUUGGACGUGACGGCUCGAGAGCUUGAGAUCACUAAUGAGAAGCUGGUGUUGGAAAGCAAAGCUUCACAUCAGAAAAUAGACAGGUUGACGAGCACCAUGGAGAUGCUGCAGGGCCAGGUGGACACGCUGACUGCUCGUGUGGAGGAACUGCGCACACUCGAAGAGCUCAGGGUCCGCAGGGAGAAGAAAGAAAGGCGGAAAACUGUACACUCGUUCCCUUGCCUCAAGGAGCUCUGCACCGCCCCCAGGUAUGAGGAUGGAUUCAGGGUAUCUGACCCAGGUAGUGGUGACUUGCAGGAGCGGCCACUAGCAGAUGAAGAAAAUGAGCACCUGCGUGCACUGGUCGCAUCUCUUCGUGCAGCUGUGUCGGCUGAACGCGGCCGGCGGGAGAACGCGGAGCGUGAGUGCACCGCCGUGCUGCAGGAGUUUGAGCGCUUGGAGCAGCGACUUCUAGGUGCGGAAGGCUGCCAACAGCGUGUCCACGAGCUAGAGGCGGAGCUGCAGGAGUUGCAGCAGCUACGCAAAUCUCGUGCUUGCUUACUGGCUGCCGAGGACGGCCUGGAGCAGACGCUGCUCAACAGUGCCCCAGAAACGGAUACGGCGGAAGAUGUUGCAGGUGCAACCCAGGAGAGCUCUGGUGAACCUCCAGUGCGUAAGAGCUGUAGUGACACAGCACUGGAUGUCAUCUCCGCCGUAGAUGCCUCUGGAAGACGCAAGGGCAGCUACGCACUUCACGCCAACGGCGUGCGCAAGCGUGGCAUGUCCAUCUUACGCGAAGUGGACGAGCAAUACCAUGCGUUGCUCGAGAGGUAUGAGGAGCUGCUGGGCAAAUGCCGGCGCCACGAAGAGAGUCUGCGUCACGCCGAGGUGCAAACAUCGCGGCCCGUCUCCAGAGACCCGUCCAUGAAGGAGUGCCGUGUGGUAGAGGCUGUAGCGCAGCCAAGCACGACACCUCAAACACCCUCUACACCCGAGGCCAUGGAGGGCAUCAGCCGGCAGGUGGAAGCUGUGGACAAGCGUCUGAGCCAGAACACGCCAGAGUACAAGGCUCUAUUCAAAGAGAUCUUCUCGCGUCUGCAGAAGACCAAGACCGACAUCAACUCGACCAAAGGGAGGAAAAGUGGGAAAUAGCGCUUGGCCUUUUUGCUCACAGAAAUGCACGGUAGGAUCUAUUGUCCUACCUCAAUUAAGACCACAGUCUUAAUUGUUUAAUCGGGCAGCUUCAGUGAGCUGGCAUCCGAAAAAGGCUUCAUGCUAGUGCAGAGCUCAUGGGUAGAGUAGAAUAUUGGGGCUUGCCACGUUGGUGCGCCUCGGAUGAGGAUGAGCAUUGACAAAGCAAGACAUGUCUGAUGGAUCUUUCUUUGGUUGUCUGUGUUUUAAGGAAGAUUUAAGAUUGUUUCUCACUGUGGGUUUUCCUAGAAAUGUAACUGAAAUGCAGGGUCCCUGCAUUAAAAAAAAUAAUACAUAAAACAAAAAGGCACACCACUGCUUAAUCCUUCCUAUUUCCAUAACUCUAUGUAACAGCCUCUAUUCUGUAAUCAUCUCUUUCCAAUAUUAAAGACGCUUUGCCUAUAAA